ACGGUAUUGUUCCCAACAAUUACAUUUUUUUUGGUGGGAUACUAAAAAAUCGUCCGAAUAAAAGCCGGCCGCACAGCCAAAGAUCGUCACUUCGCCAUGAAGAAUUGCAUCAUCGUUCUAAUCAUGCUCGCAGCAUUCUCAAUGAGAGAAAAUGGGCUCCCAGGAGAAAGUCUUAACGACCUUGCCAUUGGAUCAGCAACUCAUCAAGGGAAAAACUGGCUGAAGAACGGACGGUGGGGGCCCACCCAACACCCCGGUCACGAAGAGCUCGAUCGCCCUCCCAAUGGCCGACGUGCCCCCACCGUCGCCUGUGAGCCCACCGAAGAAAUGAUGAUGAUGCCAUAUAUAAUUGUUGGUUUUUUUGGGUAAAAUAAUAAAAUAUAUGUAUACCAUCACACUUGUUAUCAACAAGGAAAUAAACUUAAUUU